AAAGCAUGGAAUGCCAUCAACUGGAGCUGAACUGUUCACAGAUGUUCCCUGUGACCGGUGGAAGAGGAUAUGGUUUCUGUUACGAUUCUCAAUAUCUCUGCUCAAAGAUUCCAAAAUGUUAAUAGUGAUUUGUACUGUAAGCUUGAUUCACUGCAUCAGUGGACAGCUGCUGGACAACAAGUUUAAAGGACAUUCCCCCCAGUAUAUCUGCAGCGUACCUGGUUUGCUUGGUCCUCCGGGGCAACCAGGAGCCAAUGGACCACCUGGAGCACACGGGCGCAUUGGACUGCCAGGACGAGACGGAAGAGAUGGAAGGAAGGGAGAGAAAGGAGAAAAUGGAGACACAGGUCUAAGAGGGAACUCAGGUCCCGCUGGAAGAACUGGGGAAAAGGGGGACAGAGGACUAACAGGCAAGAAAGGACCUGACGGAUUUGCAGGCGUCAAAGGAGUGCUAGGCCCAGAAGGUCCUCCUGGGGAGAAAGGAGACAAGGGACAACGAGGGCUGCCAGGACAACCAGGAGUCUGCAAGUGCGGCAGCCUGGUGCCUAAAUCAGCCUUUACAGUCGGUAUAACCACCAGCUACCCUGAGGAAAAAUCCCCCAUAGUAUUCAACAAAGUCCUUUUCAAUGAGGGAGAACACUACAACCCCACCACUGGGAAGUUCGUAUGUGCUUACCCGGGUAUUUACUACUUUUCCUAUGACAUCACACUGGCCAACAAACACCUGGCAAUUGGACUAGUACACAAUGGCCAAUAUCGUAUAAAGACUUUUGACGCCAAUACAGGGAACCAUGAUGUUGCUUCUGGAUCUACAGUUAUGUACUUGAAUCCAGAGGAUGAAGUCUGGCUGGAAAUCUUUUUCACUGAUCAGAAUGGCCUGUUUUCUGACCCAAACUGGGCUGACAGUUUGUUCUCUGGGUUUUUACUUUAUGCAGAUACAGACUACUUUGAUGCACUUUCAGAAGAUUAUUCGUGAAAAACUGACUAUAUAAUACUGGUUGGCAACAUUAUAAUAAAUGUUAAGUUCAGGUUUAAGUAUUAAGCAAUGUGCAAAACAGAACUAAUGAAGUAACUAUAUACAAGUUUGCUACAAGUGGGUUUAUUAUAACAAAUAAUUAGUGGCUGGUGCUAUGUAUACGGUUCAUAUACCAUACUUUCCAACAUUUUGAUAUCCAAAGUUCUCUUGGCACCCUGUGUUUUCACACUGGGCAUAACAGAUUGGUGUUGUUACAACACAAAACCCAAGAUGAAUCAAAAUGAUCUUAGAGAUAGCAAAAUCUUAUGAAUUAGAUACGGUAAAUCUUCUGCCAUAAUCAUACUAUUGAACUUUCAAGUAUUUUAACACAAUAAAACUUUUAAAAAAGCUAGUUGGGACCUUUGAGGUGAUUUUAGAUAAGAAUGGCCCACAGAAAAUACAAUAACACCUGAAACCCAACUGGCUGUGUUUUGUGUUUUUCCAAUUAAAAAAAAUGAUUUGUUAAUAAAGAAUCCCCAAAAUUAAUUUAGAAAAAAAAAAAAAAGAAGCAUGCGAGAAACAGUUUUGUCCCACAACUCACAUCUGGAAACUAACUUGGAAUGACAAUGAAUUUCCAGAUGGGCUGUUAAGGCUGAUGAGGGACUAACUUUUCAAAAAACAUAUGCAUAAAGAGCUGUUUCUGCUGAGUUUUAAGACUGAGUUGUUAGGGUUUGUAUUUAAUAAAGUUGUAUAUGGUUUCUCCUUAAAUGGCAGCUGUAUCUAGUACGAGUUAAAUGUAUAUUGUUAUGAUUAAUGUAGGUGAUGUAAAUCACCUACUGUGGAAACACAAGCAGGAUUUAAUGGUAGCAGUACAGCAGAUUCUAAACCCAGCUAGACCGAACUGACCUAUAAUCCAAUUCAUGCUUGCAUAAUGAAAUACACGCUAAUAGCAGCUGUAAGAAACAAAACUUCAUAACUAAGUGAUGAAUGUGUGAAAUAUUUACAUGUUUUUUUUUUACUCAAAGAAAUCUAAGUUAUUUUUGAAGAAAAUAAAAAUAAUUAAAAAAAAAAAAAAAAAAACAACAUAAGAUAGGCAUUUUUAGUAUUGUACAGAUUACAAACAGAACAAAUCACUAAUUAGUGAGAGUCUAUUAUAUUUAAAUCUGCCAUUUCAAAUAGAUUAGGGGUACACUCUGAAACCAAGUGUACUCAUCAUAUGCAGGUACCUGUUUUGGUAAUAAAAAAUUUAAAAAAGCUUUAAAUUGAUCAUAAAUAUUGAUCUUUGAUAUGCAUAAAACAUAGUUAAAUACUAUACAUAGUUUUACCUUCCUGCACUGUAGAUGUGUGUAGCCUUUAAUCUAUGAGAUGACUAAAGUUACCUGUAAGCAGAAAUGCACUCCAUGCUGUAGGAUUACUUGCACAAUAACCUCAUUCUUACACUUUCUGUAAAAUCUUAUUAAUAUUGAUUAUUUUGUUUUGAUCUUCAUUUUCCAAUGUAUGAAUCUGCUUUUCUUUUGUAUUUCUAUCGAACAGCUUUGAAACCCCACUGAGAGCCCGAUCCAAAGCUUGGUAAAUUAUACUGAGGUUUGGUUCUAAACAAGGUUAAUAGAUAUUUUUAAUAUUUAAGUAGACAUCAUGACUUCAUCGAUCAAAAUACGUCAUUCAAUUUAAGCUGAGAUAAAAAGCAAAGGAAAAGUAUAUUUUAAAGCAGAUAACAUUGACAAAAUCCACUUGCUGAGUUUUGAAUAUCAAGCCUGUGAGUGUAUUGCAAAUUAUAAUUCCAAUCAGAUCUCUCUGUUGUCCUAGGAUAUGUCACUAUAUAUUACAGCUUUUGAUUUCUGUAGUUUAUGCAGUGGAACUAGUUUAAGAUGAAAAAAAAAAACAUAGCACAGACUAUUGCAGAAGAAAGAAAAGUAAAAAAGUAGAAAUGUUAAGAUGUAUUCAGUAUUCGAGAAAAGAAAAAUGUAAGCAGACCAUGUUUUAUGGAAUUUUUGAACUUGGGGGGGGUUAACAUUCCAAAUUAAAAAAUAAACGACUUGGCAGGCCUCGUCGAUUAUUACAGUUCACAAUGUUUACCUCCUAGUACACUACACUUAAAAUACACAGACAACUUAGGGAAAGUCAUUCCAUGAAAGAUUAGAACACCUCACAAAAGGAGAAAGGGGUUCCUGGGCAUAUGAAAGCAUGUUUUGGGUUUUCUAAUAAUAAUUCAUCCAUUAGUAAAAGGAGUUGAGCAACUCCCCUUGGUCUACUUGAGCUAGAAUGACCCAAUACUAUUUUGAUACCUCUAAUGCUGUCUCUGUAUGAAGACAAAUCAUAAACACAAAUAUUUUCUUUAGCACUAUUUAUUGUUGUCUCAGAGGGAAUUGCACUUAACCUAAUACAUUGUGUCUUAAAAUUUAUAUACGUUUAAAACUACAUUAAGAUGAAUCACUGUUUGCCAAAUUAAAUGUGUGUCCAUGUAAAUUGCAUGCUGCUGUUAUAUAUAAACAGAAAAAAAACCCCUAAUAAAUAAUAUUCUAUUUUAUUGCUGGCAUGCAUACACAACCUCACAACAAGUAUUCGGAAAGAUGAAAGUUAAAAAAUAUAUUUUGUUUCAUAUAACCUUUUUGACUUGAUCUGUUGGGACCUCAAUUCUGCCAACAACACUGAGCUUAGGGUUGUAAAACAAG